AAAACUGGAAACGGGAAAUAACGUCGCACUCUUGCAGUGUUUUGGAAGCUGUUUACUGUGAUAUCAACUAGCUGAACAAAGAUCAACUAACCCAAGAAUCGGCGACGUUUGUUAGCUAUGAACUUGUGUUAGUAGACUGACGAACCAAAGCGAGGUAAGUAAAUGUGUAAAUACCGAUGGGCCAAGUCAUGUCCACUCUUCAGCCUCGCACUUCAGGGUUAUCUGUCAUCAAAAAUAAUGUACUCUACAGAUCCAGCAGCCUCUAAGAGUGUCUUUUAAUAUAGCGUUUGUGGACUGUGCUUUCAUUAGAUGUUGUUGUUAGCAUUCACGGGCCUUCUUUUUUGGUCAAGUUUGCGCUUUGACAUGUUGAUUGUCGACAAAAACCUUGUGAAUUAGCAGCAUAUUGUCACUGUCUCUUAGUGCAGAGAUCUGAAAUGGAUUCGAACUGUCUUACUUGCGAGUUUAUUAUUCAUACUCACUGUUUCACUGUGUCUUAGUUGUGCACAUGUUCGGAUUUCCCUGACCAACCCCAGGAUGUCUCAGUGGGAAAAACUAAGGCAGCUGCCUGCUGUGUACACACAACAGUUACAUGAACUUUAUGACAGAGAUGGUUUACCCAUGGAUGUCAGACACUAUCUGUCAGCCUGGAUUGAGAAGCAGGACUGGUAAAGCAGCUCUUUCUCAUUUGCCACAAUUUUUCUCAAUAAUAUCAGAUUUUCAAGGGGUUAAAUUGGCUGUUUAUCGAACAUCCUGUUCUGAAUGUGUUUCUUUUUUUGUAGGAAAAGGGCAGCAAGGGACCAUGGUUUGGCUGUGGUGCUUUUCCAGGUCCUGUUGGAGAAUCUAGAUAUCCAACAGAGCCGUUUUACUCAGGAGUCAUUCUUACUGCAGCACAACAUAAGACGCUACAAACAGAACUUCCUGGUUAGUAUGGGCAGGAUUUGUGGAGAAAAGAAGGAAUUAUCUGCCAGUCAAGUCCUUGUUAUUAGUUAAAUAAAAAUUAAAAUUAAGGAAGGGACUCCAAGUUUCCACAAACUUUUUGUUUUUCAUUGCCAGAUAGUAAAGCAAGCUAACUUACUGUGUCUUUCAGGACUUUUUUCAAAAUUCUACCUCUGCUAAAAAACAGAUUUGACUGUCAUCUGUCUGACUCCUCCUCCCCUCUAAUAGGGUUACCAGGAUGAUCCCACUGUGCUGGCAAACACAAUCCUGUGGUUUCUUGAAAAAGAAAAAGAAAUCUUGGACAGCUUUGAAGUGGCAGAGCAGGUUGGACCAAGACACCAGAUAACAAAUGAGACACACCUGUUUUAAUGAGCACAGCAUGUUGUUACUAUGAGUGCAGUUAACACCUUAUAUACUAGAUGCAAUUUUUUUUUUAAUUUACUUAAAUGAACUUUCUUUACUGAUUCCUUAUCUGAAUUCAUAUCCUUAGAUAUUUUAACCAACCUCACAUACCUUUGCUUUGCUCAGGUUCAGGCUUUGCAUGUAGAGCAGGAACCCAUGGAGACAAGCAGCCAGCAGGACCUUGAACGAAAAAUGGCUGGCCUCAGAAAUGACAUGCAGGUAGGGAAAACAAUGUGUUGCUUUGUGCCGUUAUGCUGAGCUCUCUUAUGCCAAACCAAUGACUGUCUAUUUAUUAUUUCGUCAUUUCUUGGAUACAGUGCAUGGAACAUACUAUGGUGUGUUUGGAAGAGCAGCAAGAUGAGUUCGAUUUUAAAUAUAAAACCUACAAGAUGGAAGGUGAGACACUGAAUAGCUCAGGUGCAAUUUACAUACUCUGAUAAUUCUAUCUGAGUAUGAUGAAUAAAGUGAUGUGAAUCGUAACUGCAUUCUACUUUUUGGCUUUUCUGUGAUGUACGGAAACUUCAAUCCUGCUGUGAAAACCAUGCUGUAGCUGUGGUUGAUGAGACUGUGAAGAAUGAACGAAUCAAAAUUUUUCAGGCUCUUAUCAACAAACUAAAUGAAUCCAGAAAGGUAGGUAUUGAGAUUACUGCUUUCCUUUGGUUCUAUUUUAUCUCAUUUUAUGUAUUAAUUAUUUGCUCUAUAAAUCUGGUGAGUUUGUAGUUAUUAGUCUCAUACAUGUCAUUCUCAGAGCACACUGUAUGACCUGAAUAAACUCCUGGAUCGGAGUGACGAUCUGACUGCCAUACUGGUGAACAAAGAGCUGAUGGAGUGGCAGAAAAGACAGCAGAAAGCCUGCAUUGGUGCUCCUGACAAUAUUUGCCUGGACCAGCUGGAGAAAUGGUACAUCAUUAAUCUUCACUCGUUCCACAUUGGCCUUAAUCUUUGGCUUUUCCUGUAUCAGUUAUGUUGAUGACCAUUCCUACCUGAGUUUUCUGUCUACGGUCACCAUUUCAAUGCAAUAAAUCCAGUUAAUCUGGACAGAGUUUCAGUUUCAUUAUUAUUAUUUAUUAAAUUUGUGUUUAUUUUAUUUUCUAAGACCCAUGAAAACAUGAUAUUGACUUAUCUUUUCUCUUUGUAGGUUCACCUGUGUUGCAAGUUGUCUGUUCGGGGUGUGUGAGUUCCUCAAUAAGCUGGAUGAGCUGGAAGGAAAACUGUCGUAUGAUGGCGAUCCUGUGAAGUCACAAAAACCAGCACUGCGUAAAAGAGCAGACGCUCUCCUCCGAAACUUACUUGAACAGUAACUAUUUUAGGAACCAUUUUGCUACACUCAUAAUUCACUAAGAUUUGAUUUUUGGGUCUCCUGACACUGUUGUUUUACUGUUUCUUCAAGUUCCUUUGUGGUUGAGACUCAGCCAUCCAUGCCACAAGGGAAAGGACCUCUAGUGCUCCGCACAAACGUCCAGUUCUCUGUCAAGACUAGGUCAGUGCACCACUUCAGGCAUAUGCCACAGUACCCUGGCUUUAUCCAAAUGUACCUUUUUUGAAUAUUUUACAUAAUCUAAAUGCAUCCAUUUUUCUAUUUUCAAUAAAUUCUGACUUAUUUCCUUCAAAAGUGCAGCAGAAAAGUAUGAAACCUUUGCACUGUAAAUAUUGUUCUGAAGGAGUUAAAUAAUAGAAAGCUGAAUUAUGAAAGUUUAACCCCAGCACCCUCUCUUAUCCUUUUUCAUAAAAAUCAUAUUUUUUCUUAUUUCAUGAUAAACUUUGGGACUUUGUAAUGUAUAAGUGUUCAAUCUUAUUGUUUUGAGUUUUAAUAUUUCUUAUCUGACUUGAUAUUUUUAGACUCCUUGUCAAAUUCCCUGAACUGAACCACUCCAUGAAAGUGAAUGUGUGCAUGGACAGGUGAGGUUUCUCUGCAGUUUGAGUCACUUUCUUUUCCCGAAAAGUGAAACUAGAGCCUUUAGUUCUUGACAUCAAUCAUUGAAGGAUAAUGUUUUUACGCUCCCUGUAGUAACAUUCCUGUUUUCUCCCUUUCGAAAUUAGUGAGGCUCCUCGGAUCAAAGGGUGAGUAUUACAUAUGUAUGCAAAACUAGAUAUAAAUAUCAUAUAAAUCCAAACAUAUUUAAGUUUUCAAAAAUAAUUCUGGUGAACUAUAUUGAACUUUACCACUCCUAUAUGGAUUUCUUUUACUAAAAUGUAUAUGUCUGCAGAUAUCGCCGUUUUAAUGUCUUGGGUACUAAAACCAAGGCUUUGAACAUGGUAGAGAGUCAGAGUGGAGGAAUGGUGGCAGACUUCAGACAUCUGGUGAGUUUGAUUUUUGUAAAAGAAAAAAGUUUUCUUCAUGACAACUAGGUGGAGUUUGGAUUUUAAGCUUCCUUCAAUCUGUUUGUAAAAUUAUGCUGAUGGUAGAUCCAGUAUCAUACUUUCUGGUGUUUCAGCCAAGUACACAGUGAGGGAAAAGAUCUAGUUUAAAAGCUGUACUCUUUAACCUCAAGGAGCGAUAAUUUUUGUUUUAAAUUUGUUGUUUUCUUACAUUUUUCUUCAGACUCUGAAAGAGCAGAAGUCUGGGGGCGGUGGUAAAGGAGCCAGUGAGGUGAGUUGAUGCUGACAGCACAAAACAAAUUAUCUGCACUUUUAAUCAAACUUGUGUAUAAUUCAAGUAGAUGCAAAAAGAAAAAAAAUGAUCUGUGUGUGAUUUGAUGUUGACAGAUCUCCCUCAGUGUUACUGAAGAACUUCACAUCAUCUAUUUCGACACUGUGUUUGAGUAUAAAGGCUUGACAGUUAAGCUACAGGUGAGAUUUUAUCAUUUUCUUCUUGUAGUUUAAUGUCUCUUUGUUAUCUGGCUUUGAGAAUACAUGGCUUUUUAUGUGACAAUUAUGACAAAAUGACUCCCAGAUUGUUGUGUUUUUGUUGCUUUAAUUGUAAAAACACAGGCCGCCUCCCUCCCUGUGAUCAUCAUUUCAAACUCAAGCCAACAGCAAAGCGCCUGGGCGUCUAUCCUCUGGUUCAACAUGCUCAGCCCGAACACAAAGGUGAGAGAUCCGCUCCACCAACACUCAUCAUUAUUACGCAUUUUCAAUUGUGCUUUCACUAACUUUUUUGAGAUGAAUUCUGAAAUAUAUCUAAACGUGUGUCUGUUUUUCCAGGAUACCACUUUCUUUGUCAACUGUCCUGCAGCCACUUGGCCACAGUUUGGAGAGAUGUUGAGCUGGCAGUUCCUCAGCGCCACCCAACGUGGAUUGAAUGAUGCUCAGCUGGAGAUGAUCGCACACAGACUCUUUGGUAAAUCCUGCUUUUGUGCUUCUUUCAGUUGCUACAUUUUGUUUUCUCCAUAAAUUGUACAAACUCUGUUGCUCUGAGUCAAACCUAGUAUCAGAUAACACCACAGUCUGAUUCUUGUACUGGUUUGUAAAAUGGAGCUUGUCAUUCUUAGACCAAAUGGUUUUACAAUUAAGAGAAAAAUGAAGCCUCAACAGCACUUUGAAAACACUAGACUAACCAUGGAGACAAACUGUGAAAUUUUUAUUCCUGAAAACAUGUUUGUUGUCAUUUAAGCUCUCUGAAAAUAUUUAAUCAGUUUUUCCCUAACACAAAAUUUGAAGGGAGAUUUCAUCGUUAAGUGUUAUCAUCCCUGGCAAUGUCAUCACACACGCAGAUGUUAAACCCAUUUUGUAUGACUGCUUGUAUGUUUAUUUCAUAAACUUACUUACACACUGACCCUUUAGUUAAUUUAAAGGAAAAGUAUUGUGUAGGAUUAUUAUGUGAUUUGAUUUAUUGUCAGUCUGCUGAAUUUAUCCCCUUUUUCUGUCUCACAGGAAAACAGAAGAACUAUGGCCACUGCAAAGUUGCUUGGUCAAAAUUUAGCAAGGUAAGAAAACUGAGAAAGUAAUAUCGAGCAUUGUUGGAGGAAAUAACCCAAACCCCAUAAUCGUAAUUUCAGAUUAGGUGACACUUUGACUUUUUCUUUGGCUUCACACUGAAUGUGAGAGCUUUGAUUGUGGAGAUUGUGUUUUUAAAAUACGUCAUCCAAUCUGAAAAUUAACUGCUAACAUACUUUAUAUUUAAUACACUGUGACCGAAGAGGACGAAAAACAGGGCCUCACCUUAACCUUCUGAAAUAUGAUUCCAGCAAAAAAUAUGACAGCCUCGUGAGCCAGCAGCAUGGCUUUCCUAGAUGUUUGUUUAUGAGUAGGGCUGCAGCUAUUGAAUAUUUUAUUAAUUGAGUAUUCUACUGAGAAUUCUGUUGAUUAAUUGAGUAGUCACAUAACACAUUUCUUUCUUUAGUUAAAGAGCAAUUAUAACUAACAGAAACUUAACGUUAUGUUACAUUAACAUUAAUCUCAUUAUUUGCGCUAUGUUAUUUGAGGAAACGUUUCAGCCCUAUUUAUGAGUACAAAUUUCUAUAAUAAUGAUCUUUUCACCUUUUUUGACAGGAAAAUCCCCCUGACACUUUCUGGGUGUGGUUUGAUGGCAUCCUGGUAAUGGUGAAAACCUACCUUGAAAGCCUGUGGAGAGAUGGGUAUGUUUUUCUUAUUCUGGUUCAUUGCAGGGCAUUUAAGUAAAUACUUUUCUAUUCUUGGGUAAUGGGAGAAGUUUAUUACUUUGUAUGUGACUUCUUGUCUGUUUUUUAGCCUUAUUAUGGGUUUUGUAAGCAAAGGCAAAGAGAAGUCUCUCCUGAAGAAAAAGCAGAGAGGCACGUUUUUGUUGCGCUUCAGCGAAAGCGUCAUUGGAGGAAUCACCUUCUCUUGGGUGGAAACCACCAUGACUGGUGAGAUAUUGGAUUUCACAAUGCUUUAAAAAUAUUUUGAAAUGCUUAAAACAUCAACAAGUUUCCUGUCAUAAAGCUUCCACAAUCAUUUUCUGUCCUUUUUAGGUGAGCCCGAUGUAAGAACAGUCCAGCCCUUCACCAAAGUUGAUCUUUCCCAGAUCCCCUUCCAAGAGAUCAUCAGGAAUUUCCAGAUCUUUGAAGCUGAAAAUGUUCCUGAAAGUCCUCUGCUUUACCUGUAUCCCAACACACCCAGAGACGAGGCUUUUGGAAAAUACUACUCUGAGAUGAGUGGAGGUAGGGCAGCCACAUACAUUUGUAAAGGCUUUGAACAUUUUUAGAGAAACAGAGAAAACUUGGUAAAAUUUAAGAGUAAAGACAGACUGUAAUGAUUGUUUUUGUGUCGGAUGAAUACAAUAGAAUGAGUUACAACUGAAAUUGAUGUCUUUCAGAUGACAGCCCGUACAUAAAGUACAUCAGGACCAAGCUGGUGUUUGUUUCAAAGGAGUAAGUAUAUAAUUCUCUCCUGGCUAAUUCACAUUUCUUUAAUCAAAAUUUCUCCAAAAGCAAAAAAAAAAAAAAAAAGAAUCGCCCCUUGUUUUUCAGAUGUGAUAUUUCUACAAAACAUCAACCUAAAAACAAAUUUAAUUGAGGAAGUAGUGUGCCCCUGCCGAUUAACAUAUCAUGAAACAACUGGUUGUGAUGACUGUUUGUUAUUGGUUAUGUAGGAACACACUGGAGGCUAGGUCACCCAUGCACUCUGACAUGGCACAAGGUGAAGGCCUGGAGCCAGUGAAUGGCCUGGGGGAGGCAGCGGGUGAGUCCUGGCUCUCCUUGCUGUCCCAUUUAGCUGUGAGCCUCAUCAAACAAAUUGCUCUUCCCCCCGUCGCACAUCUCUGUGUCACAGCUGUGAUUUAGCUUGGUGCUAUAGGACAUCAAUGGGUGACUUUGUAGAUGUUAAGUGACAGCUAUAAAAUUAGUCAACCUCUGACACUGUCUCAACAUAAAGGGCUCUAUUUUCGUGCCUGCCAGCGACGCGACAGAGGUUGGCAGACCCCCGCGCAGUGAUAUUUUCGUCUGGCGGAGCCCGGUGUACAGCCAGUUUGGUAUUUUUGUGGACUGAGACGCACCGAGGUCUGCCAAGCUGGGCGUGGUAGCGCGGUAGGGGAGGUAUCGACAGAAUCAGCUGGCGCAGUGACAUUUUCGUGCUCGCCAGCGACGUAGAAAGUACAUUGAAAGCUCGCUGAUUCAAAUCUGGUCAGCUUUCAGCACAGGCAGAACGCAUCUGGUUUAGUGGUAUUUAGGUAGACCAGCGGCGUAGUGCCCACACAUCACCGAUGCCUCACAGGCAGGUUUCCACAGUGUCAGGCACAUUUCAGUGCAAAAAAUAAUCAACAACAACUAAUAAUCUGAGUCAGCACAUACAUUUAGAUCUCUCUCGGUAUAUUCUGCUCUAUAUCUAAUCUGAUGAGCGCGUUUGGCACACGUUUGGACACUCAACCUGACCGAAUCAACACAGCUGAAACCGCAUUAAAUUAAAUGAAUAUCUAGUAAAUAGACACACAUGAUGAAGAGGGGGGAUACUUACGCCGGGCUGCGCCACUCACCAAAAUACCAAAAUGUGCUUGGGCGUGCCUUGUCGGCACGGCAGACCUGACUUAUGCCGCACCUACACCACGUCGCCGGCAAGAAAUGAAAAUAGAGCCCAAGCUCUUAACAGGUGUGGGACUGAGCCAAACUGAUACUAACAAAUUGUUUUACUUUUUUUUUUCGAUUCUUUCUGCUGACUUGAUAACUAACCUUGGUGUUGUCAUUACAAUCAAUUAAAAAAAAUUAAUUACACUGAACAUAAAAAAUAUAAAAAAGCUCAAGUGAACAAUACAACAAGAAGUCUUAUGAGGGGAAGCAAUCUACGGUAUUGCAAUAUCGUGAAAGUUAUAAUAUUUAUUGCAAUGUGUAAUUAAGAAUAAUGUGUGGUAGUAAUAGUGUCUCCCUGUGUUGUGAUUAAAUUGUAUAUAACAGGAAAUACUUCUGUCUGAUGGUUUAUAAAGACACACAAAAAAGGGGCAAAUUCACGGUUAAAGCAAAUGUAAAGGAAUGUUGGGCAUUUCUUUAAAUGAUAAAAAGAUUUCACUCAUCAUGCCCUCAAAAAGUCCAUUAGUGUGCUGAUAUGAUUUUAUCCAUAUAAAACUGUAUCACACUCAUCACUAUAAAAAGUGAUGAGUGAGCUGUUGUGGGCAGGUUGGCAGAUUUUGACUCUUUCUCAGAACCAUAGGUUGAUGGACUGUAGAUAUAAGACAGCAUGCUGCUGUUUUACUUAUAUCUAAGUCAAAGGAUUUAGUUAAUUGUUUAUGUUCUAAUUUUACACGAACAAGUCAACACUUUUAAUAAUUUGCAGCUUUCAGAAUUUAAAAAUAAGUAACAGACUCAGCACUCGGUGCUUAAAUAUGCUGUUUGAAGAGAUAAACGGAGUUGAAUGAAAACACUAUGUUUAAACAUCACAUCUGUUCAGUUGCAGGCACUAAUUAUGUCCAAAUACUUACUGCUUGAUGAGCUAAUAGAAAAUUUCAACACUGUAUGUAGUUCUCUUACUUCAACUAAAACCCUAUUUUUGCAUAGGUUCUCACUACGUCAUCUCAGUCUGUGCUUUACCUUUUUUGUCUUGCAUGAAAAAAAAAGACUGCACUCACAUCUCACUCUCUUCUUUAGUAAUAGUGUAAGAAUUGAAUAAUACAAUCACGACAGCAGUUUCUUUAUGAUCUCUUCUCAGGACCAAAUGAGGAUCUUGAGCCACUGACUUUACCCCUGGACACCUAUCCCUCUGAUCCCAUGCUGCCUGGCCCUGUUUUGUCCCAAGAGGAUGAUCUAUUGAUGUAUCUGAACAACCCUGACUUCUUAACUGACUCUGACAUCCUGCAAGAUGAGCCUAACUUACCUCUCCAGGGAUUUAACCUCUUAUCACCACAAUCUAUCUACCAAUAAGUCUCUCCUGUGCAUAUUUAACCAAAUGACUUCCAUUCAUCACCAAUCUUACUUUUAGAUAUUUGCAUGACAGCUUCAAUAACACGAAAUAGUUGCGCACACAGAAUAUCAUAGUUCUUACUUUCAGAAACUUCUAUCAGUGUUAAUUCUUUUAAAUACCACAACCAUUCUUUCAGUCCUCAAAAUCCAAAAAUGCACAUGUAAGUAGUUUGUGCAUACUAGACUAAAUUAACAGAAACAAAAAGAUUUUUGAGGUGAUAAUACACUGAAGUGAAACAAACAUGAAUAUUAAAUUCCAUGUCUACUAAAUGUGCUCUGUUUGAGUGUGUCUGAAUACAACACACGUUACCUUUUUAUCAACAUAAUACUUAACUUUUUGAUUAUUGUUUCAAUCGUGUGUGUGUGUUGCAGGCACUGUGCAAGUCCUAAUAGUCAAUAUUGUUAAAUAUCAUUCUAAUCAAACUUUGUCUAAACUUUGAAAUCAUUGGAAAAACACUUGAAAUAUUUUAAUAAUGAGUCAUUGGGACCGGUUGAUGUCAGGAGAUGUUACAAAAAUAGCUGGACUCUUGCGAGUAACAAGUGUUUUUGGCACCUUACCUAACCCCAUCAGUGUCAUCCCAUUAUAAAUUCUUCUGUAAAGUUUAUUUAGAGUUUGUAUCUCAAGUGAAUUUAUCAGAUUAAUUGCUGGUGUGAAAAUAAUGCAAAGUAUGGUGAAGAUUAUAAAUUACACUCUCAAAACGAAUGUGUCAAAAGUAACUCAUCAUGUGUUAUUUCUUAACACAUCCGUGUGUCUAGUUAAGGACAACACACAAUGUGUUGUUUUGACACAUGACUUUGUGUUGACAGAUUUUACACAUGUUGUGUGUUAAAUGUGUCAACACAUCAACUGUGUUGGGUUUACACAAAGAUAACAGAGCUGUGUCUUAUUUUCAUGCAAUUUACACAUAGCUGAGUUAUGUAUUCUUUACACCAAAGUGUUUUAUUUUCAUACAAUUUACACACAACUGUGUUAUUGUUUAUAAAAUAUUAAAAUACAAAUAAUGUUCAAUAUAAUUUUACAGCGAUUAUCUGCUAAAUGACCAAACCUGGUCACUAAAAAGAAUAAACAAUUGCUUGAAUCUCAAGUCACUUUUAUAAAAUUUAUUUGGUUUAGGCAGCAGUGCAAAAUCUUGGACUUUGUAAGACUUUAGUGCAAACUUGAGAGCAAAACAUAGUGCAAACACAGAGUAUAAACAUUAAACAUUUUAUAAACAUUUCAUUCUUAAACCAUCAGUGCAACAAUGGAACACCUAAAAUACAGACAUGGCAUGUCAAACAACCGUCUCCUGAGGACAUAGCCACUUACACAUACUAGCUGCCUAUAAUCAUAUUCAAUAUUCAUAUCUGAAGAGUUAAGCACUUUUCAGUAAUGCAGACCUAAGCAAUAAGUUUGUACCUUGGAUUAACAUACAGUUGGUUUCCACUGUAAGAUGACAGCAAAUCAAGUGGUUUAAUGUCUGCAUCGUCCUUAAUAUAGAUCAUUUUAAACUCAGCGUUUCGCUCCACGACAUAAGAAUACAGAUGAUCAUCAAAAUAUUUCACUGACAAAAUUUGAAUAAACAUAAACAACUCUUCCCGUUCACAAUUUGGAAACGUGUAUUAUCUCCCCAAAGAGAUGUUCUCCUCUCAAGUCACAGUUCAAAGCAAGCACGCAACCAGUCCUGUAUGUCUGACCAAGCACACAGACAGAGUGAGCAACGGCGUUACUCCCGUGGCGAGUAGUUUGAGUUGCAAAUGUAAAUGUGCCUCUCUCACACACACACACACAUCGAUCUCAUGAUAAAUGUGUGUCUGAGUGCAGACCAAUUCCUCAGUGAGCUUGAUUAUUAGCCUGUAGCUGUUAGCACAGCUGCCAUUGUUGCAUUUCAAAGCCAUCAAAGGCAGUGGCGAGUGCUUCCCCCAGGAGGAUCAAAGAAGGGAUUACACAACAUGAUUUUUUUCCAGAGCUGGUUCAUGUGGCAACUUUCUCAGUGCAUUGCUCCAAUCCACACCCCUAAAUUAGAGCUACAAGCUUCCAUGACCCAGGGUCACCCAGCCAGGGACCAUCCAGGUGUCUGAGUAAAGUGGACAGAUCAGCUGGGGGUCCUACAGAAAUGGGACUUAUAUAUUUGGAUUUAUUUACCCCCGAAAUGGAACUUAAUAUUUUAUUUUUAUUGAGUUAAAAUAGUACAACCCAAACCAUAGUCAAUUAAGAGAACUAUACGUCUGUGUGUGAGGAAAGGUAUACUCCUGUCUUCAGGGCACUGUGCUACUCAAGAAUCUGGUCUCAGAUACCAGUUCAGUGGCCUUGUGGUCCACCCUGAGACUGGGUGUUUGGAGGUUUGAUUCCCCUGCUGAGGGGCUUCCUCCCUCUCAAAAAAUUAAAAAUAAAUAAAGAAAAAAGUUACAGAAUUAAUAAAAAAAAGAUGAUUCCAGAAUUAUUCAAAAGUAGGACAAUUAAUAAAGCCACUGCUUGGUUAAAAAUAACCCUGGCAGGUGUUUUCAUUCAUAACCUCUUUGACCUAGCAGUGGCUAACACACGUUGUGUUUAAUUCACAUGAUAACUAUUUUAUGUGUUAAAACAGCAUUAACUUAAAAGUGUGUCUAGGAUAAUAACACAGGAUGUGUAAAUAUAACAUAACAAAUGUUAAAAUAUAACACAAAAAAUGUGUAUGAUUUUAACACAUUCAUUUUGAGAGUGUAGGCUGUACAUAUUUCACAACUGGAAAUGUAUGUUUGUUGGUUCCUUUGUAGUUGUUUCACUGUUGCCACUUUUGAAGAACUGCUAAAACAUGGCACUUAUUUCCUCUAAGUUUUGUAUUAACCUGUUUUUAAAUAAAUCUGUAUGUUGAAUCAUCUGUCAAA